AUGCCUUCCAUCACCAAGUCUCUCCUCUUCUUGGCCGCCUUCCAGGCCUUCACUGCCGUCGCAGCGCCCAUCCCUCAGCUUGCUGGAGAGGGCGCUGCUUGCGACUCUGUUCUCAGCAGCACCGAUAACGGUGUGGGCUAUGGCGUUGAAAAUGCCUUGGACAACACUGCAGACGCCAUUAACAAAGUAAGCCGCCGUCAGUUGGCUGGCGAGGGCGCUGCAUGCAACUCUGUCCUCAGCAGCACCGACAACGGUGUAGGCUAUGGCGUCGAGAAUGCCGAAGACAACACCGCUGCCCUUCUCGGCGGAACUGCAUCCAGCACCACUACUACCUCUGGAGGAAGUGGAGGUGCCGCACCCCCACCACCCAAGGGACCCAAGGUCAAACGUCAAGGCGACAAGAUCGCCAACGGACUCGCCAACGUCCUCACCGCUGCCAAGCUAGGUCCUGUGGCUGACAUCGAGAAGAACGUCGGAGACAAUGCCGAUGGUGAACUCACCUCAGCCGCCGCCGAUGCUGGUGCUCAAAUCGGCACUGCCGAAGAAUCGACACUUGAGGGUGUCGGCAAAGCCAUUCCCAGAGUCAAGCGUCAGGGCGACAAGAUUGCCAAUGGAGCUGCCAAUGUUCUCUCAGCCCUUCACCAGAACGAUCUUGCUGAUAUUGAGAAGGAUAAUGGCGAUACUCUUGACGGCCAGCUAACCUCUGAUGCUGCGAACCUCGGUGCACAAGUUGGUGCUUACGAGGAGAAGACUCUUGAGAACGCUGGCAAGUCGGUGCCCUAG